AUGCCACCAGCAGAUGUUUUUAAGCUGGGCGCCAUGCUCUUCUGCUUGCUUCUUAUCAUUCCGUCGAUAUACUCAGCUCCUCUCUCCUCCUACCUGGUAUCAUCCUUUACCAGUCCUGACCCCACCCUACCAUUCAACCACAUCACCAUCAACAACAUCACUGGAGAUGUCUAUAUAGGAGCACGGCAGAGACUCUAUCAACUCAACUCAGACCUGACUCUCAAACACACUGUGGAUACUGGACAAUGCCCUUCACCAAAUGGAAAUACAAACAACAAUAAGCUUCUUCUUGUAGCUCCAUCACCUGAGGACAAGCUCGUCACAUGUGGCAGCUGUGAUGGAUCCCAGUUAGGUGACUCAUUGAAUAUUGAGAGUACUGAUGACCUUCUGUAUGCUGUAUUUACAAGUGGGAGUUCAUCUGCUCUUUGUAUCUAUACGAUGAGUGAUGUCCAGCAGAGCUUUGAAGAUGCUGUCUUGGGAUGUAUCCAGGGAGGCGGAAACUGGUUAGGAACAUCAAACGACUUCCUUCAAAACAGCUUCUGUGACUCACUUCCUGACACAUACACUCCACCUGAUACAGCACAGUGUACAGCUUAUACUCAAGAUGAGGGUGAUCCUCCUGUGACUCUCUACCGGUAUGCAAGUGGUACAGUUCCCCUCUCUGCCUCACCCAUCACCACCAUGCCUGGUGUGAUACCCACCUCCAUUGUAACAACCAUAGAGAGAAAUCACACUGUGGCAUUCAUGGGAGAUACACAAGGAUACCUACAUAAGGUUAAUAUUGUGAAUAGCUCAUUUGGCUAUGCCUACGAGACUGUCCCUCUUGAAAGUGGAUCUGUAUUACAAGACAUAUUUCUUGAUGAAUCUACAGAACAGAUAACAUUGGCCACAAGUUCAGACCAAGACUCAAAGGUCCUAACAUUGGAUUUGACAAACUGUGGGCAAUACCAGACCUGCGAUGAGUGCAUUGGAGGCAAUGGAGGAAAUGAUGGAGACCCUUACUGUGGAUGGUGUACUUUAGAAGCAAGGUGCACACGAUAUGAAGCAUGUCCCUUCCGUGAUGAGUCAACUCGAUGGUUAUCAUACAAUGCCUUACAGUGUGUAUCCAUCUCAGAUGUCCAGCCAAACAGUCUGCCUUAUCAUCAGACACAACAAGAAAUUACCAUCACAGUACAACAGCUCCCACAUCUUGAGAGCGGUUUUCAAUACAUGUGUGCCUUUAACUCUUAUGAGGUCUCUGCUACAAUUAUCGGUAAUACUGUCACCUGUACAUCCCCUCCUGCAAACAGCAUACCUUCAAUUCCAGAUGGAAUGUACUUCUUGAACUUGCCUCUGUCUGUUGUCUCAACUGAAACGAGUGUCGACUUUGUGACCACAGAUUUUUUCUUCUUUGACUGCAGUCACAUUAAAUCAUGUUCAUCUUGUGUUAUGACCCGCUUCCCAUGUGACUGGUGUGUUUAUGACAACAAGUGUACAGAUGAUAGCAGCUCAUGUCAGACAGGAGAUACAGUUGUUAUUGGAGUAAAUAAUAAUGAUGGUUCUGGAAACAAAGGACAGGGGUUUUGCCCUCAGCUGCUUGGAGCAACAGAAUCGUUUCUCAUACCAGUCAGUAUUCCUUUUGGCUUCUCACUAUUUGCAAAGAACCUUCCUACAGACCAGUCAAAGGGCCCAGUAACAUAUGAGUGCAUCCUUGACAUUGAAGGAGAAGAAGUGAGAGUACCAAGUACCACUUUUAAUGAAACCUACAUUCUCUGCAAUGAUAAACAGUACAUGUACAAUGAUAAUAUCCUCGAAAAGAAUGUCAGUGUCUCUGUACAGUGGAAUGGACGGAACAGCAUAGAUGACCUGUCAGAAACGCAUGUCACCAUUUACAAGUGUUCAGUUAACAGUGGAAGUUGCAGUCGAUGCCUUUCCCGAGAUGCAACUCCAUCCAUCUUGAAGUGUGGUUGGUGUGGUGAUGACUGCAAUGUCAUUCAAAGUGAAGUUUGUCAGAACAACCCGUUUCUCCAUCAGAAUGAGACGCAGAAAUGUUCAGCACCAGUUAUCACUGAUUUUGACCCCUUGUCAGGUCCUAUCAACGGCCACACAAGAUUAGAAAUAAUCGGAACCGACAUUGGAGUGGUAUUUGAUGAUGUAAUUCAAAUAUUUAUUCAAGACUUGGAGUGCGCUUUGACAGACAUGGACGAAUAUUACCAGCCAGGACAAAGUGUAAGUUGUAUGGCAGCAAUGUCUACUGAAGUAAAAUCAGGAGGCAUUGAAAUCACGGUGGCGUCAGGGGGACGAUAUAAGACAGGACAGAGCACUAAAGAAUUCCAGUAUAGGGGAAGACAAUUUGAUCCUAAAUUCAUUGUCAAGAUGUAA